AUGAGUCGGCUGCGCGCCGCCACCAGGCCGGGGCUGCUCGUGGGCGUGGCCGCCUGUGUCUCCGCUCUCCUGUACUUCAGGAGUGCGGCUCCGGGGGGACCGGGCGCGGAGCCCCCCACCCCAGCAGUCUCGGAGUGUGGCUUUUAUCCCGACGAACUGUGCUCAGCUUUGCUCGAGGGCAGAGGGGCAGCCUCGCAGGUCGCACGGUUCUGCAAAGCCCCCCUGGGACCGGGAGUGCCCGCUUGCCUGCAGGCCCCGGGAAACUGCUCCCGGAUCUCCCGGGCGCUGCGCUUCGUGUCCAGGCCCCUGUCUGCCGAGGAGGGCAGCUUCCCUCUGGCGUACGUGGUGGCCGCCCACGAGGAGCUGGUCCCGCUCGUGCGGCUACUCAGGGCUGUCUACGCGCCGCAGAACGUCUACUGCGUCCACGUGGACGGGCGCGCCCCGGAGGAGCACAGGGCUGCCGUGCGGACCCUGGCGAGCUGUUUCGACAAUGUCUUCAUUACUUCCCCGAGGACGGAGCCGGGGGCUCAGCCCGGCCUCACGAGGCUCCAGGCAGACCUGAGCUGCAUGGAGGGCCUGGUCCACUCCGGAGUUCAGUGGCACUACGUCAUCAACCUCUGCGGACGGGACUUCCCCAUCAAAACCAACAGAGAAAUCGUGCGCUACAUCAGAAGCAAAGGGAAUGGCAAAAACAUCACUCCUGGGGUAAUCCAAGUGGCAAAGACUAAGUCCAGGACGAGCCAGAGUCAGCCGGAACCCACGCCCAAAGGGAGGGUCUAUGUACCUCCAAAUGAAGGGUUCCAAGAGGAACCACCCCACAACCUAACAGUCUACUUCGGAAGUGCUCACUACAUGCUAACGAGGGCGUUUGUCCAGUUUGUGCUGACUGACUCCCGUGCAAAAGACAUGCUCCGCUGGUCCAGGGCCCUGCAGAGCCCAGAGCGCCACUACUGGGUGACUCUGAACCGCCUGCAAGACGCCCCGGGCGCCACCCCAGGCGCAGGCUGGGAGGGCCGCGUUCGAGCCACGAAACGGAGGGGCGAGGAGGGAGACGCGUGCGAUGGAUGUAAAGGCCGCUCCGACCCGGACAGCUGUGUCUACGGGCCAGCAGACCUGCCCCGGCUGGUGUGGUCGCCUUCCUUGUUUGCCAGCAGAUUCGAGUCCUCCACGGAGCCUCUCGCGGUGGCGUGCCUGGAGAGGUGGCAGCGGCAGCGCGUCCUGCAGCAGGCAGAGGUUCCCGUGGAACCGCACUGGCGUUUCCCUCGGCAGAGUGAUUUCCGUGGGAACUGA